GUGUGCGUCAUAUCCGGGCGGCGCCGAACUGGGUGCCCAACGGCCUGCGGAGCAACAUGCCUAAGUUUUAUUGUGACUACUGCGAUACGUACCUCACCCAUGACUCUCCAUCGGUGAGAAAGACACACUGCAGUGGUAGGAAACACAAAGAGAAUGUAAAAGACUACUAUCAGAAAUGGAUGGAAGAGCAGGCGCAGAGCCUGAUUGACAAAACAACUGCUGCAUUUCAACAAGGAAAGAUUCCUCCUACUCCAUUCUCUGCUCCUCCUCCUGCGGGGGCAAUGAUCCCACCUCCUCCCAGUCUCCCGGGUCCUCCUCGCCCUGGUAUGAUGCCAGCACCGCACAUGGGCGGCCCUCCCAUGAUGCCAAUGAUGGGCCCUCCUCCUCCUGGGAUGAUGCCAGUAGGGCCCGCUCCUGGAAUGAGGCCACCUAUGGGAGGCCACAUGCCAAUGAUGCCUGGACCCCCAAUGAUGAGACCUCCUGCCCGACCCAUGAUGGUGCCCACCCGGCCAGGAAUGACUCGACCAGACAGAUAAGGAGAGCGGAGGGCCUCUAUCAGUUUUAUUACUUGUUCUACUUCACCGGCAGAUGAUGGUGCUGUGACUUUGGGUGUUUUCUAACAGCACGAUAAGGAAGACUUGCUCCCCCUUCCUAUCAGAGAGGGAAUAGUUUUGGAGGGACUAAGUAAGAUAAAAAGAAAAAAACCUGAAAUGUUCAUUUGUAUUGUGAAAUGUGAAAAUAAAAUCGUCGACUCUUU